AUGUUCCGUCUUCUGAAUUCGCUGCUGCAUCGUCCAAUGCUUCUAAUGAGUCGAUCUUUGCGGAUCGCCUUUCGCCACGUCAACUACGAUGAUCCGCAAUCUCUUGACACUGGCCUGCGCGACGUUGAAAACCUCUUUUUUGUUAGCACGAGUGGCAUGCACUGUCAGGAGCAGCAUGCCAGACUUAUAGGCGCCGCUAAAAAUUCUGGGGUGAAGCAUGUCUGGUAUACGUCACUGGCCUUUGGAGGCUUACAGAAUGACUCGAAGGCUCCAGUGAUGCAAGACCAUCUUGAUACUGAACAAUUGUUGCACGGAUCCGGCCUUACAUAUACCUCUAUCCGGGAAGGUGUAUAUGUCGAAUGCUUUACUGUAUUUCUCGACUGGUAUCCUGAGCGGACUGGCUCCAUUGUACUCCCCGCCGAUGGAGAGGUGGCUUUCACUUCGCGUGCAGAACUUGGCGAAGCAACCGCGCGGAUCAUGAUUCAGGGUGGGUAUGAAAAUCAAACUAUCCUGUUCACAGCAGAAGAAACCAUCACUGCUGCAGAGCUAGUCGAUCUCAUCAAUAAGACUACUGGUCGAGAGAUCAAGCUUGAUUUGGUUUCGCGGGGGGAGUAUAUUCGCUCAUGGACAAAUGACCCGCGUGGCAAGCCAAAGGAACAUUUUGAGAUGAUUGCAACAUCCUGGGACGAGAUCGUUAGGGGUGGCCUGCAAAGAACGCAUCCGCUAAUGCGUGAGGUCUUGGGAAGAGCGCCUACUAAACCGCGGGAUUUUGUGACGAACCUGUUGAAGGAGGAUAAGAACUACGUCUUUGGAUACUAG